AUGUCAGAAGGCGAAGCGCAACAGCUGAUCCAGAAGCUGCUCCUGCAGGUCCUGUCUCGGCGCCUGCCGCAGUCUAAGUGGCUUUCCUUGCUGCACCAACUGGUCCGACGCAUCGAUGCCUCUCGACAAGAUGCCGGCGGCGACGAUGAGGAUGGCAUGUCGCUCGCAGGCUCGCAGGCGGCUGGCUGUCUCGUCAAACAAAUCCUAUCGCAGUCUUCUAUCGAUCCCUUGCUCACCGAAUACCUUCAAGCGCUCAUCUAUGGCAGCGCCAACCGCUCGGGAGUCGAGCCGGAUCAGGGCCCCGUGACUGAUGUCAUCACCGUCACGCUUCACCUGCUCGCCAACGUCCAGAUCGCGGCAGCCAACGUUCCAGCUAUUGAGACGAUUUCGUCCGUCACCGGUCAGGGCCUUCUCAUGACAUUUCAAGGGCCAGCUCCCUUCCGCAUCUCAAGUCCCGCUUUCCUCCACCUCCUGCAAAGCCUGUUCGCCGGUCCCUCGAAUGCAGUGGCCCAGUUGGCCAGCUCUGAGGCGCUUUCAAAAGAUGGCACGAUCGCUCCAGCAGCGCUGGCAUUCGUCGUCUCUAACUUACGCCUGCUGGCUCUCGCCGCCGACCCGACCAUUGCUUCUCCGCAGAACUUGCUUGCUCCACGUGUCGCAAUCACCGUCCUUAUCAAUGUCGCGCAAGGCCUUCUCGCAUACACCAUCCAAAAGCUGUCGGUCGCUCAGACAUCGAAGGACUAUAAGCUGAAGCCUCACGAUGAUGCCUUGCGGCACACUCGGUCGAUGUCUAGGUCCUGCGUCACCGAGAUCGAGGCGGUGCUGCAAUCGAUGAACCCGGCCUGGAAGGACGAAAUCGCGCUCCUGCGCUCGCUCACCAGCCAGAUCGGCGUCGUCGAGCAGGUCAGCGAGGCGCUCUCGGAAGCCGCAACCACGUCAAGAACCUCGACUCAGGCUCGCAAAAGGAAAGCAGAGACGUGGCAAGAUGCGCAACAAAGAGCGACGUGGGAUCACUUCCUCAAUGUCUCCUCCAUCGCUGCGACCGAAAAACCACCUGUGGAGCCGGAGAUGGCUCUUCUCAUGCACGUCCUCGUCGACCAGCACGUCGCUUGGGAGCGCAAGCUAGACGCGGUCAAGACACUAUUCCUCGCCAGACGGAAUGCAGCCGCACCCUCCUUGACGCUGGAAAAGUCGCUCACGGCGUACUACUUUGAGUUGCUCGUCGCGGCCAUCGAUGCGUGCGCAAGUAUUGUCGAGAUGCCUCCCGCCUUCAAGGGCGCCGAGGUCUAUGCCGCCAUUUGGAGGAACGCCCUCUGCGGCAUGGUUCCCGAGAUCGUGCUGCAGCUCGAACAGUGGCUCGACGUGCAACAGGAUUUGCCCUUGCGAGGGCAGAGGCUCGAGGCACCGCACGUGCGGCUCGAAGCCGCCCUCCGUGCUGCUCUGCUUGUCAUGGCGGAUCGCCUCAACACGUGCGAGAGCGCGACCGGCCAGUCACACGCGCAGAGCAGCGGCGCCGAAGAGGCUGCCGCGAUGACAGACGUUCUAGGCCUAGACACACCACCCUCGCAGCCGAUCAAAGCAUGGCUGCUCCGAGCAUCCAUCGAACACGCCCUAGCACGACCCGAAGCCAUCGCAGACGAGUUCCCAGACGGUCACAAGCUCGCCUCGGAGGUUCAGUCUCUCACGCAAUCCCUUCGCAUGGACGCGCAGCUCGAAGGCCUCGCCCUCUCCACGCUCUUCGAGACACGCGUGCCCUCCGACGACCCGCACGAGCUGCUCCAUCGCGUCGCUUCUGAUCCUGGAACGCACUUCAGCUUUGCCCGUCAGCUCGUAUUUCAGAUGCAAAGCUGGUUGGAGCAGCACGAUCUAGAGAGCAUCGCGCGCUGGUGCAAGGCGUUAUCCGAAGACGCAUGCGAAGGGGGAGCGGUGCUGGACACGGUGAUGCUGUACAUUGACCCGUUGGAGAUGCUGGAGCCUCUGGCGAGCGUGUUGGACCACCCAGAGCUGGGUCAGACGAGCGACGAGCCGUCCACCCUGUCCAACAUCUUGCUCUUCGCCCAGCUCCUCUGCUAUCGUUAUGCCAUACACCCGUCGCGCAUCUCGCGCUACAUUCCGCCGAACAACGAUCUCGACGAAUCACAAACUUCACAGGACACUGCACCACCCUUCCUCGCGACUCACCUCGCCACAACCUCCUUCUGUUCGCCCCUCGCCACCCUUUCCGAGGACGAACGCGCCCUUGUCGGACGAUGGAUCCACGCCCUCUUCGGCAACGAAGGCAUCUCGGACGAUCUCAUCUCCCUCUCACCGCCGACCACCCUGCUUCGUCUCUCGCCCCUCCUCUUCUCGCAAAGCAUCUCGGCAUGCCAGCACGGCGUGAUCGACCUGGAAACGCUUCGCGGUGGACUGUCGUACUUUUUGCAAGACCUGCUGUCCUUCGCCCUCCCGUCAGCGCUCGUGUGGCUGCUGGGUGAGAUAGUGCGUACCCCGCAACAGCCGGUGUUGGAUUUCUUGGCAGAGUGCGGGCUGCAGAGCACUGUGGUGGAUGUUCCGUCGGUGGACGGCGCGCUGGCCAAUGGGUUGAAGCGGAAUGCGACCUCCCGGACCGUUGGGCUGGAAGUGUUGGCGCUGCUGUUGGAUACAGAGGCGUGUCCCGGGGUGGUGCGGGAGGUGAUCGCCCGAGAUUUUCAUACUUUCGUACAAGCCGUGGAGGGGGAUGCUGGGUUGGCGAACGGGUGCGAGACGUUUGAGUUGGGAGCAUUGCGGGCGAGGAUGGAGGGCAAGGGUGUGACAGCGGGGCUGUUGAGUGGGGCCGGGAGGACGUGGGUGAGGGGCAAGGCGUCGGGCGUCGGACCGCUGCUGGCUACGUCGGGCUCGUCAAACGUCGAUCGGGCAGUCCGAACAAUGGGCAAGACGGAUGCAGCAGAGCAAAAGGCGCUCGCGGGCUGGCUGUGCCUCGUCGCUCCGGCGCUCAAAAGCGUCGACACGCCUCUACCCGCCGUGCUCUCCUUCAUUCAGCGACUUGACUUUGCCAAGGCGGACGAAGGGGCGAUCGAAUCGCUCGUCCGAGUGCUGGGCCUGGUCCUGGGCCUAAUUCGUGCCGGCGAGGCGCAGCGUAGCACACCCAACAACGUGGCAAGUGACCUCCUCGCCCCGUCCGCCAACGAGAAGGCUGCGGAGGUCGUAGCAGCCGGUGGCGAGGGAGCAGACCUGUUCGAUGACGAGCCGACGACUCCGCCUCUACCCUCCACUGGCGUUCCGCUCAACGGCGCAACGCAAGCCGGGACCGCAACCGCAGCAUCGACAGCCGCGACCUCGAUUUCAGCAGCACUGCUCAUCGCGAGCCCGGAUUUCAGCAUAACCUCUAGGCAGCUGCUCGAUCUGAUCGUGCUCAAACUCGUCCGGUUCAAAUCGGCUGUUCAAAAGGGUGCCAGAGGUUGCACACGGGCCAAGUGGGAGGUGCUUGAGAGUGCGCUGAUGGACCAUCUGUCCGAGCUGUCACCAGUCGACGAGGCGGACGGCGUCGCAGAAAGCCGACACAGCGGGCUGUCCGCCUGGCUUGCGCUCCUUCAAUGA